CCCCCCCACAGAGUCCAGCUGGCAGGUCACACGCCAAAGCAUCACCUCAUCAUCAUCACUCCUCUUCAUCAUCACUCCUCAUCACACUGUUGUAUGAAACGUUUCUUAUCUCUGAAUUCUGCCCAGUGACGGACGUUCUACUUCUUGUGUCUCUUCCUCAGCGAUCUGAUGAUUCACCGACCUGAAGCCUCGACUGACGAAGAGGUUUGGAAUCUGUCAGCGUCUCAAUUACAUUCCUGUCUGUCGUUGGUGGCAACUUACACUCCUAACCCAGUCUCUGAGGAUUGUAAACUCUGAAGAUUAUAAACUCUGAGGAUUGUAAACUCUGAAGAUUAUAAACUCUGAGGAUUAUAAACUUUGAGGAUUAUAAAGUGAGAUGUAAGACAUCAUCAUCAUCAUCAUCACUCCAGCCUCCGGAGCAAUGCCUCGUCCGUCUCUUCCCGCUUCACUCCUCCUCGCUCCUCGCUCGUCCUUGUUCUUCGGACUGCUGCUCCUCGUUCCCUCGAACGUCAGGUGUCAGAACGACACAGAGCCAAUCGUGUUGGAGGGAAAGUGUCUGGUGGUGUGUGACUCCGCCCCCUCUGCCGAGCCGUCGGGGAUCGGGGCUCUAGGCAUGUCGGUGAGGUCAGGGGCUGGACGGGUGGCGUUCUCAGCCAUUCGCAACACCAACCACGAACCGUCGGAGAUGAGCAACCGCACCAUGACCAUCUACUUUGACCAGAUCUUAGUAAACGUCGGUGGACAUUUUGAUCCAGCACGGAGCAUCUUCGUGGCCCCCAGGAAAGGCGUCUACAGUUUCAGCUUCCACGUGGUCAAAGUUUACAACCGGCAGACGAUACAAGUGAGUCUGGUGGUCAGCGGCUGGCCCGUGAUCUCGGCCUUCGCAGGUGACCAGGACGUGACCAGGGAAGCUGCCACCAACGCCGGGCUGGUGAUGAUGGAGCGGGGGGACAAGGCGUCCCUGAAGCUGGAGAGGGGGAAUCUGAUGGGGGGGUGGAAGUUCUCCACUUUCUCUGGGUUUCUGGUGUUCCCCCUGUAGGGUGGGGGAGGGACGGGAGGGGGAAGUCUUCAUAUGUAUCAGAUGGUGAAUUCACUUUGCACCCACCAAUAACCUGAAAGUCAUUUCCAUUUGAACUGCACUUGUACGUCUUAUUGUCUAGAUACUGUAAUGUGUCGUGUACCAGGAGUCGGCGGAGGUUUGUCAUUUUCUUUUUAUGCAUGAAUCCAAAGUGACAAUAAAGAUUUCUGAGUCUA